AUGGAAGGGCUAUGCUUGAAGGAUUUAAAGGUGAAAAAUUAUAUUAUCCUAGCUAUUGAUCGUUCAAUCUUGGAAAUCAUCCUCUGUAAAGACACGUCUAAGCUUAUUUGGGAUUCUAUGAAGAAAAAAUUUCAUGGUUCUAAAAGGGCAAAGAGGCAGCAGCUUCAAGCACUUCGUUCAGAGUUUGAAACACUACGAAUGAAAUCAAGUGAGUCAAUAACUGAUUAUUUUUCACGUGCAAUGUCUAUUGUCAACAAGAUGCGGAUCCAUGGUGACAAAACAAAUGAUGUUGCUCUCUUUGAAAAGAUACUUCGCUUAAUGUCCCCAAAAUUUAAUUUUGUUGUUUGUUCCAUUGAGGAAGCUCAUGUCAUUGAGGAACUUUCAAUUGAUGAGUUGCAAAGUUGCUUAUUGAUUCAUGAGCAAAAAAAUUUCCAACAAGAGAAGGAAGAGCAUGCAUUGAAAGCUUCAACAGAUAAUCAUUCUACAACACUAGCAGCAACAUGA